AUGUCUCGAGCCGUCUCUACCGAGCUGGAACCGCUCGUCAACAACUUCGAGCAUCUCGCAGACAAGCGACGCGCCGCAGAAGCCCUGCAGACACUUCGGAAAAUCGCCUCUUUGGUCAAACCACUUAUGCGACAACGAAAUUGGCGCGUCGGAACACUGGCCGAAUUCUACCCUCCAGAGAACAACCUUCUGGGUCUCAACAUCAAUGCAGGACAGAAGAUCUGCUUACGACUCCGACAUGCCGGCGAUGAUACCCAGUUCCUGCCCAUCGAGCAGGUCACCGAUACCAUGCUGCACGAACUUGCCCACAAUGUCCAUGCACUUGUCAUGAAAGGCUAUACUGGCGAAGGCUUCCUCAGCAAUGGCAACAGGCUUGGCGGUCGACGAAUACCGCUGUCAGAAGCACGCCGCCAAGCGCGGGCUGCGGCCGAGCGUCGGAAGACCCUGACGACGAAUAGUGGACAGCGACUUGGUGGUACAGGCAUCAUGCGUGGUCAAGACCCGAGGCAGAUCAUUGCUGCAGCUGCACAGCGACGACAGCAAAUUGAACGAGGAUGUGCCAGCAAUACCGCCAAGGGCCGAGAGAUCGCCCACGACGUCAGUCUGAACAAGAAUGUCGAACGGACACAAGUGGAUCAAGAGGACGAAGACGAAGCCACGCUGAUGCAGGCCUACAUCGACCUGAUACAAGAAGACGAGAAGCAGCAGCUCGGCGACUUGUACAUCGCACCAAGCCAAGAAAAUCCUGCCGGAUCUAAAGCGCUCCCACCAGAGCCGUCAAAGAAGCUUGUAGAGGAGCAACGGAAGAUCGAACAACAGAUCAAGCGACUUAAGCAGUCCUCUUCAUCUUCCCUAUCGACAACACCAUCAUCGCGAUCGAAUACGCACAGUCCAAUCCCACCACCAUUGUUGACCGGCAGGACAAAUUCUUCAAAACCUCCACUUCGAAAGCCAGAGCCAGAACCCGAGCCCAUAACAUGGACCUGCGAAAUCUGUACCCUGGUGAAUCCCUUGCAAUAUCUAACUUGCGAUGCCUGUGGCGUAGAGCGUCCAGCACACAUAUCUGCCUCUCUUCCUUCGAAUCCUCCGCCUGUGCCGCAUACUACACGACCGACCAAGAACACCACUUCAUCAACUCCGAGUGCGCUACUUCCUCGUCAAAAUGCUUAUGCCAACCACAAACGCUUCGACGAUCUGGCAACACAAAAGCAGGCAGCGAAGCCAAUAGGGUGGAGCUGUGGACGAUGCGGAAACUUCAUGGAACAGGAGUGGUGGACUUGUAGCAAUUGCGGAGGGAUGCGAGACAGCUCGUAG